AUGCUCCCUUCAUUAGUCAGGUCGGGUGGUUACAUUUGGAAAUUCACUCCUCAUGUCACAUCAACACAACGUGUUAAUUUGCGUAAAAGAAGUGAACAAGUUGACGCCAAUAUUGAUCAAAUAUAUCGUGGGUUGAUACAACAAACAGGUGACAAGAAAAUGGGGGAUAAAACAGGAUAUCCCAAGAUUGACCAUUUGAAAUUUGAUAUGCCUAGAUUCAAUCAAAUGAGUAGCCGAGACAAAUACACUACAUUCAGCAAGCAUUCGCGUGAUUACAGGAAACCUAUUCAUAGAGUACCUAAAUGGACCAAAUUGUCAUUCAGAGAAAAUCCUAAAUACUUUUAG